GUUAGAAAAUGUGCAUGAUGACGUUAGUAAGUCUGGUAAACGUCAGAUGCAGAGCACAAACUCUUACCGCGUACUUUUAUUUUUAAAAAACAAUAAUCCUAAAUAGAGAGUUAAUAAUAUUUAUAAAUAAGUGUUUGACUCAAUAAGUUAUUUCCAGAAAGGAUAUUUAUAACAGUUGUCAUCUUCUUAUUUUGUUUAUUUUCUACUUGACGUCUAAAAAUAAACAAUAAAAAAAAUAAAUUAAUUGUUUCAUAAUUAGUAAGAGAAAUUUGUGGUAAUUUGUAAUAUAAUUAAUUAAAUUAAGUGAUGUCAUUGCUACCAAUGUUGUUCUCCAGUUGGUGGGAAAGUUUGAAUCAUGUUCAUCGACUUGAUAAUCAGGAUUUUGCUUUGCCUAUAAAUAAUAUUUACUUCCCAUCAUCAAGAUAUAGAAAUUAUCAGCAUCCAUUUGACGUAAUAAAUUACCGACGAAGUAGAUUUAUUACACCGAGAUAUCAAGAGGAAGAAAAAUAUUCAGUGUCCUUGGACGUUGGUAAAUUUAACCCUGAUGACAUCACGGUUAAAGUGGCAGAUAAUGUGAUCACAGUACAAGCUGGACAUGAAUUAAUCCUGGAUGAGCAUGGUACUGUUUCAAGAGAGUUUGAGAGAAAUUAUGACAUUCCGGAAGAAUAUGAUGUUGAUGAAGCCAAGUCCGAGCUGUCGUCUGAUGGUGUUUUGACAAUCAGUGUGCCUAGAAAAAAAUUAGAAGGUGAAAGAGCCAUUUUAAUUGAAUACAUACCGUACCCAGCUGUUAUUGAAGUUGCUCCGGGUGUUGGAGAGCAAGAAAGGCCAAGGUCACCAAAUCGACGUCCAAGAUACAAUGGGUCUGUUGCUGCUGGAUAAUUUUAUUUGAUUUUAAAAAUUAUAAAUAUUUAUUUUUUAAAAUAUUUUACUGUAAAAUUGUUUUGAUUUUUUAUUUAUCGAAUUUUAAAAGAGAUUUGUUUAUAUGAUAAUUUUAAAUGUUUAUAAGCAUGCGUUGAUAUAUAUAUAUGAUAUAUUUAAAAAUUUUUUUAAAAAUUAUUUUUUUCUAUCGACAGUAAAUUGUAAUUGUUAAAUUUUUUAUUUAAAAUAAGUUACAUAAUUAAUAUGUUUUUAAAUAAUUAACAAUUAUUGGCAUGAUGUUAUAAGAUAUGUUAUGUAUAUAUAUAUAUUUUUAAAAAUCUAUGAAUCAGAGCUUACUA